ACUCAUUUAAGACCAUUAGUCAAUCAUAAUAAGUAUAAAUAUCAUUUUUAUCCAUUUAUCCCAUGUUUUAACUCUCACCCACUAAUCUGUGUCUUUUUCUAUAAAUUAUGUAAAGAAAUGCUAUACUUCGUACUGUCUUUGAAAAGUGUCUGAAAAGCUUUUCUUUUACUUUAUCUGAUCUACUCACCAAAUUCCUUGCUUCCCCAAAAAUAUGUCGAAGCUCACUCUAUUGUUCUGCUUCAUAGUUGUGGCUUUUGGGGUGGUUGUUGAUGGUACGACAUCCAAGUUAGAUGUAGGGUUCUAUGAGAUCAAGAAAGGAGAUUUAUCUCUCAAGUUGACCAACUGGGGUGCAAGCAUUAUCUCUCUUCUUUUUCCUGACAAAAAUGGAAAGUUGACUGACAUUGUUCUUGGGUAUGAUUCAGUUAAGGAAUACAUGAAUGAUACAACGUAUUUUGGUGCCACAGUUGGACGGGUUGCUAACAGGAUCGCGGGUGCUAAAUUUACUUUAAAUGGUACCGUUUAUAAAUUAGUUGCUAAUGAAAAGAAAAAUACGCUUCAUGGAGGAUUAAUAGGAUUCAGUGAUGUUGUUUGGAAUGUCAAAAAACAUAAAAAAGAUGGUAAACAUCCUCAUAUUAUCUUCACCUAUCACAGCUCUGAUGGCGAACAAGGAUUUCCGGGUGAUCUUCUUACCACCGUGACUUUUACUAUCGUUGACAACAACCAAUUGAGUGUAAGAAUGAAAGCCAAAGCUCUGAACAAGGCAACCCCAGUGAAUCUGGCUCAACAUGCUUACUGGAACCUUGGUGGUCACACUAGUGGUGACAUUUUGUCGAAUGAGAUCCAGAUAUUUGGUUCCCAUAUUACACCAGUUGACAAGGAUCUCAUCCCCACUGGGAAACUGGAUCCGGUGAAGGGCACGCCAUAUGAUUUCCUUCGGCCUGCAGUCAUCAAAAGCAAGUUCUACGGGCUUCCUAAUGGUUAUGAUAUCAACUAUGCCCUCGAUGGUGGCACGGGCGAAAAGAUGAAGCCAGCAGCAAUGGUGUUUGAGAGGAAGACGGGAAUAAAGAUGGAGCUGUCGACAAAUGCCCCUGGUGUGCAGUUUUAUACUGGUAAUUAUAUAAUGGACUCGAAGGGGAAAGGUGGAUAUAUUUAUCAAGCUCAUGCUGGGCUGUGUUUGGAGACUCAAGGUUUCCCUGACUCGGUGAACCACCCCAAUUUCCCUUCACAGAUUGUUUUUCCUGGAAAGACUUACAAGCAUUCUAUGCUGUUCAAGUUUUCAAAUAAGGCAUAGAAACCUUGAAAUAUGUCCGAGAUGUUAGGAUUUUUUCUGUAAACUCUGACCAAGAUUAACGAAUAUGUUGAUUCUGUGCCAUUGUAACUACGACUACGUUAAUUUUAGAACAUUGUAAUGAAGGAUCAACUAUCUUUUAUAAAGCUGUGGAAAAAUUGGAAUAAAAUUUUAAUUUUUGAAAA